GCUUUAUUUAGGUCUGAGGAAUUCCUAUACGAAGACCGGUGGUACCAACUCUAUGUGAAGGUAAAUCCUGUGAUAAGUGAAUGGGGAGAAAAUCCAGGAUGUUCCCAAAAGGUGGUCCAGGCACUGUUGUUGACAGGUCCAACACCUCGAGUUGUACCAUUAUGCAAAGAAGACAUUUGUAUUAGGUCUGAGCGUAUGCUUCACCUCAAACAUCAGCCAAGAACCAAGCUGUCAUCACUCUCUAAUCACAGAAUGACACCUGAAUCACCACCUUCACUAUACUUCAAACAUAGGGGAAAAGAUGAAAAAAGACCCCAUGCUGGCAACUGUAUAUUACCCUAUAUUGACCAUCAAAUUAGGGCUAAGUCAUCCCUGGAUUAUAAAUCCUAUUCUAAGGCCAAUGUUUUGCCCACACUUUGCCCUGAGCAUGGGACCAGGACAAUUGCUCUGUCUUUACCAACCCCAGCACGACAUGCAACAGCUCCAUUCAGCUCUAACCACUUAGAUGACUCUCUAUUGCAUCCGGUUCAAUGGACCAAAGCUCUUUUGGGCCCUGAGUACUUUCCAAAGAAUCCAUUGGCCUCUGAAUGUCAGAUGCAUCUGCCAUAUCUCAACCAGAAGCCCACACUGCUACCAGUCACUGAGGUUCCGCAUUGGCCCUACCCCUGGGGCAGGACCACAGCCACAAUACUGCCAUGUCCUGGUUCCCAAGCUAAGGCUUUGCUGCACUCCAAGAAUGAGAUAGGAACCACUACUUCCCUAUCACAAAGUUUCAGCCACCACCAUAAGGCCAUACUGACACCAUUACCAUCUCUUAACCAAAGGCCUAAGGCAAAAGCUGUGAUAUUAUCUGAGCUGAUCCCCUCGGUUCAGGUCUCCCCAUCAAAAUUACACCAGAGUAACAUCUACCCCAAGGUAACCACUUCAUUACAGUGCCCUGACCUCCACUCCAUGGUUAAGCCUGGAUCAUCUUUGCAAACCAAUCACUCUUCCACAGUCACAGCUAUAUGCCCACCACACCCCAAAUAUUGGAAUAAUUUCACCUCUUCAGAAUGCCUAAGGGUCACAGCCAUAGCUAGAGCAUCAUCAGGUCCAAAUUUCCUGAUCAAGUCAAAAACUCUGCCAUCAGGCAUAGCUGGUCUUUCUCUUCCCAAGGGUGAAGUCACCCUUCCAUGCAAUAACCAUGUACCUGAGGCUUCACUGACAUCUUGUUAUAAGUCUAAAACCACAUCAAGAUCACCACUGUAUCCUAACGUCCAAGAUAUUCUCCCAUCACACGCAGAUCGCUGCACUUUAGCCCAAGUUCCAUCUGGCCUAAAAAGGCAAGUUACAAAUUCACCAGAGACUGCUCCCUGGGAAAAGGCACUACCGUACAUUAAGUGUGAUAUCACAAAGGUACCAGUUUCCAACAGCCAGGCAAAGUUGGCUCCACAAGGCAUAAGCCACAAAGAUGAGUCAGCCAUGGUCUGGGCUACCUCUGAUCUUUCAUUUAUGAUUCUAUCAGAUAUAGACCAUCCAUCUGAAUUUUCCCUGGAAUCUGAUCACCAAGACAUACCUCCUUUGGUUCCAAGUAUUUGUGCCAAUGUACCACUGAUCCCCUGUCGAGAGUCCACAAAAACAGUCAGCCAAGACUAUAGGUCUGAGGUAGAAUUAAGUCCUGGUGCCCAGAAGCCAUCUUUACUGAGUCCUAAACACCAAGAAGAAGCUGUGUUGGACCCUAUCUUUAGACCAAUAUCUCUAAUGAGCUCAUAUUAUCCAGCUAUACCUUCAUUAGGUCUGGACCACCAGAUGAUAGCUCCACCAACCCCAAUCCAUCAAAUACUAUAUGAACCUGACUCUUGUCACCAGACCACAGUUAUCUCUAGCCCUGAUCACCAUGCCAAUGAUAUAUUAGACUCCAAUAUCCAGGGCACACUAAAAUCAGCUGAUAACCACUGGGAACCAGUGCCACUGAGACCAGUCCAACAGGACAACCUGCAACCUAGCAUUUGUCACCAGGCUAAGUCUACAGGAGACUCCAGUCCUCAAGUCACACUCCAGGUAUUCCCAUUCCACUGUGAGACAAAGGCUAGAACAAAUAAAGAAAGCCAAGAAAAUGAGGUAGCCCCUCUAUUGGACAAAGAUCUACAUGUUGACAGCAUAGAAGAAUCCAACAAUGUUCGAAGCAGGCCUGUAACAGCCCUAGAACACCAUAAAAUACCUAUACAAGGCCUUAGCCUCUGGCCCAUACCUGAAUCACAUCCCAGGCCUGAAGCUUUAACAGACUGUAAUUCCUUGGCCAAUGCUUCUCUGAGCACUAACCAUCAGCAUGAGGCUCAAUCUACUAAUCAACAUAAGGUCCAGACUCUGCAGAAUACUGAAGCCACAUGGUAUUUUAAUCAUAUCAAACCAUAUACCAUUGAAGGGAAGGUAGUCAUCCCUACUAUAACUGUUAAGGACAUCAUCAGUUCUAUACCCCAGGAGAAAAUUAAAAAAGACAUCCAUAAGCAGGUUCUCCUACGUCGCAUGAAAGGUGCCACCCAUCGGCCUGGCCGACGAAUAUUAUCCAGUUACAGAGUCUGCUUAGCUUGUGCCUCCUGGAUCCCAAAUGGCUGUCCUCACAUGCAGGGAACAAAGUAUCCUGGUCAAGUACAAUUACUGGCCAUACCCAUGCCUCUGCCUGGUUCUGAAGUAGAGAUGGGCAUGAAAUUCAUCCUCCAGAUUCCCCAGGCAAAGAAAUGCUCCAUUUUUAACAUCACACCCACAUUCUGUACGCUACGCCCCUCGUGUGUUUCACCUCCCUGAUCAGAACCAGGAGCCCCUGAGGAAUAACCAUUUACCACCAGCUGUGGGUAGGGGUCAUCAUGCUUGACAUUAUGCUUGGCAAAUGAUCACAAACGGUGGAAAGAAAAUCACGUCAAGUACUCAUUUGGAAAAUAGCUGAGAAAAAGCAAAAUCACCAGUGAAGAUGGGCCACAAAAGCAUGAGAAGUAUCUCAAAAAUCUCCUGGCGAUAUUGCAAAGGAGAAAGGAAAAUAAAAUGAACAACAGAUC